ACUGUACAGAGUUUCAUGUAUUAUAAUCACAAGCACAAGUGCAUCCAACUCAAGCUCAUAUAGAACCAAAGGAUAAAAGCUGUAAAAAGGAACAUGGAUCCGAAAAUAGAAGAAUUUAGUUAUGGUUUUUGGAAAAUUAAAGCUCAAAGAGGUGCUAUCUUGAAAUCAUUUGAGGUUGAUAAUUUGCAGACAGAAUUAGGAUUUGCGCCUCCUGAGAUGACCUUUGGAAAGAAUUUCAUUUCAAUUUAUUAUAAAGAUAGCCCAAUUUAUGGUUUUUUUACCAAGGAUGCUCUAGAAACGGUGGGUAAAGGACCAGGUGAAUUAAUGCAAGUUUCGUUUGCAGGAGAUUGGAUAAAAUCGAGAAGUAAAACUGGAGAAAGUUUUCCAGUUGUUUCUCCUUAUGAUUGGACUUAUUAUACCGAAUAUCAAGGUACGCUUUUGGAUCGAAAGCGUCAUUUUGAAGAAAUUCGAGAUCAUAUACCUGCGAGGAAGAUUUUAGAAGCUGGUACUAACUUAUGGUACAACGAGCUAAUUUUAUUCGAAGAUGAAUUAGCUGACAAUGGAAAAGCAAUGUUUGAUGUUCGAGUACGGGUAGUGAAAGGACAUUUGAUAUUGCUAGCAAGAUUGGUAAUGCGUUUGGAUAAUGUUAUAGUACGCGUGAAUGAGACAAGGAUCUAUAUCGAUUUGGAUGGUAAACGAAUAAUGAAAGACUUUCGUAAAAAAGAAUCUAAUUAUGAGAGCGUCAUCAAGCGUAUACCCCUAGGAUCAGAUAAAGCAAGACUUUUGGACGAUAAUAACUGGCUUAGUGAAAGUCUACCAUUGCUGUAUCAUAAAGUAUCAGAGCUUCAAGAUGCACUUUAAAUUGACCUGCGCAGUAUUUAAAUGAAGUUUUGCAAGUUUGUAUAGCUGAUAAUUGGCUUUCGAUGGUGGAACAAUAACUAUUAACCCUUAUGCACUGUUUCCUUUUUUGAAUGUAUAAAGGCCACAUAUUGCAUGAGCUUUUACAAAAGCUAUUACGGGCGGAGAAUGUUUACUCAGCAUUUGAUCUCAUAAUGGAUUUGAGUUGGAUGACCCAAGUUUAAUACUUUUCUCCUUAUAUUUAUGUAAUAUUACACUGAUUUAUUCAAUUACCCGAAAGUAUGCAAAGUAAUGAUUAUAACAGAUUACGGUUAAUUUUAGAAUAUAGCAAGCAACACCUCUUGAAAUUAAUUCUGUUUAUUAAAAGUAAUAUACACCGUUAUUUUGUUACCUUUGGUAAUGCAAAGUUUCAAAAAUGGGUGGGAGCAUGUCAAAAUGUUACAUUAAUGGAGCCUGCA